CCAGAGGACGUCUUAUCUUGUGACACAAACACGCUCAUUUUCAUCAACACACAUACUCGACUGAAGCGACAGUACUGAGAUCAGUGACUGAACUGUAUUUUACAAUGGAGGAAGACGGCAAAGAAACCAUUUCAAUUAGAGAGAGUAAAAGACGGGAACGUCAAGCAGCCUUGGAGAGCCCAGAUAUUGGUAUUGGCUUAUGUGGGUGGAUCAUUGUCGGAUUAUCCAUCCUUCUGAUGCUCGCGACUCUGCCCCUCUCCAUAUGGAUGUGUAUUAAGAUUGUGAAGGAGUAUGAGAGGGCCAUCAUCUUUCGGCUGGGGCGGAUCCUACGAGGAAGAGCUAAAGGGCCAGGCCUGUUCUUCAUCCUGCCGUGCACAGAUAAUUUCAUCAAUGUGGACAUGCGCACCAUCACCUUCGACAUCCCCCCACAAGAGGUUCUGACUAAGGACUCAGUGACGGUCAGUGUUGAUGGAGUGGUGUACUACCGUGUUCAGAAUGCCACCCUGGCUGUGGCCAACAUCACCAACGCUGACGCUGCCACCCGCUUGCUGGCACAGACCACCCUGAGGAACGUCCUGGGCACCAAGAACCUGGCUGAGAUCCUGUCUGACCGCGAGGAGAUAGCCCACAGCAUGCAGACUACCCUGGACGACGCUACAGAUGACUGGGGUAUCAAGGUGGAGCGGGUGGAGAUCAAGGACGUCAAACUGCCCCAGCAGCUCCAGAGGGCCAUGGCUGCAGAGGCCGAGGCUAGCCGUGAGGCCAGGGCAAAGGUGAUAGCAGCGGAGGGGGAGAUGAACGCUUCGCGGGCUCUGAAGGAGGCCUCUCUGGUGAUCGCUGAGUCUCCAUCGGGCUUGCAGCUGCGCUACCUGCAGACCCUCAACACCAUAGCUGCCGAGAAGAACUCCACCAUCAUCUUCCCCCUGCCAAUGGACAUGAUGCAGGCCUUCAUGAAGAGAGACUGAGGGGAGCCUGUUGGGUGCUGUGUGAGUGCUGUUACACACCUACAGUACACACACACAAAACAAACAUUCCCACAUACAAUGGGGCAAAAAAGUAUUUAGUCAGCCACCAAUUGUGCAAGUUCUUGAAAAGAUGAGAGAGGCAUGUAAUUGGAAAUUGUAAGUGCAUUUUAGUCUGUUUUAAUAGCAGUAUUUAUCCUCAAGACUACAUGCUCUUCAGAUGCUGUUACAGUACCUAUGCAGUAUACAUUACUGUAUAAUACAUGGUAUGUGUUAUACACUGAGUUUACCAAACAUUAGGAACACCUUCCUAAUAUUGAAUUGCACCCCCUCAAAACAGACUCGCCAGGGCAUGGACUCUACAAGGUGUUGAAAGCGUUCCACAGGGAUGCUGGCCCAUGUUGACUCCAAUGCUUCCCACAGUUAUGUCAAUUUGACUGGAUGCCCUUUGGGUGGUGGAUCAUUCUUGAUACACACGGGAAACUGUCGAGCGUGAAAAACCCAGCAGCAUUGCAGUUGAUGACACAAACUACCAUACCCCGUUCAAAGGCACUUAUAUUCUUUGUCUUGCCCAUUCACCCUCUGAAUGGAACACAUACACAAUCCAUGUCUCAAGGCUUAAAAAUCAUUCUUUAACCCGUCUCCCCCUCUUUAUCUCCACUUAUUGAAGUGGAUUUAACGAGUGACAUCAAUAAGGGAUCAUUGCUUUCACCUGAAAUGGCCUGGUCAGUCUGGCAUGAAAAGAGCAGGUGUUCUUAAUGUUUUGUAUUGUCAGUGUAUUCUGUAUUCUGUACAUUAUUUCAUGUUACUAAACCACUCUGUUGUAACCUAUUUUUCUCAUAUUGAAAUGAUUUCUUAUCAUGUUUAUAUUUUCAUAUCCUUAUCAUGUUUAUAUUUUCAUAUCCUUAUCAAACUUGCUGUUGAACAGUUUCUAUAAAGGUCAAUGUUGAUUACGA